UCUACAGCUUAAUGUACUGAGAAGUAAAAAGAAAGUCAUAUUAGAAAAAGGAAAUGAACAGACGUUAUUUUGCACUAAAUUAAAAGCUAAACCAGGAAGGAAGUUGCCACGACUAUGCUAGAUGGGAGCACCUCAGUGACAUGUGCUUGCUUUUGAGAAAAUCAGAACUCUUCAGAUUAGUGCUAGGAAUAAUUACCAUGUUUAUUUUAUGUUUACCUGAAUUUUUCAAAAUCCAUGAAGCUAACACUGUAAUUGUGUCAUGCAUGGAUACAUGCUCAUCGAAGAACACCACUUUUCCACUUUGCACUUUUAAUAGUUCUUGCAAAGGAUCAGUGCCACAAAGAGGAGAAAAACAGACUAUUUUACUGAAGGCUGUGGUAAAUCAUUCCAAUUUCCAGAAUGUUCCAUGUAUUUGUCAGUCCUUUGCGGGGGAACAGCAGUCCCAUACUAAAUACACAGACUGUGAAUCCAAGAGAGAUGUGAAUGUUGAUUAUCAAGUAUCAGGGUCAGUAGCUAAAAAAAUUCCAAAAGCAGAAGUCUUAUUUGAAGUGAAACCAGAAGAUGCUAUUUAUUUUUAUAAAUAUUUUAAUAUCACUACGGUUUCCAAGAAAGAAGAAGUAGAGCAUAAUAGCUACUACCUGCUGGAAAUCCACAUCAACAAUUCUGUCAUCAAAAGAAGAAAUGCAGCUGAAGAAUACCUAAAUCAUUCCUGUCUAGUGGCAAUGAUGGAAAACCAAAAUGACUGUAUAAAUAUUUCACUGCAUCUAAAGUCUUCCAUGGAAUAUCCAAUGUGUAUGACGAAGAUCAUUUGGCUCACUAUGAUUCCAGUAGUUUUUGUGUUUACUGUUUCCAUUGUCAUCUACAAAAUAUUCCAAGAAAAUGAACAAAAUUCAGAUUGUAAACACAGAGUAUCAGCACUUUCUACUAUUCUAAGAAGAAAGACUUCUAGACAUGCAAGAAGAACCAUAUCUGCUACUAAAAUUCAUCCGUUUCCUGUGAAAAGCGGCAAACAACAGACUCCACUUACUACACAGACCACAAUGAUACUGCCCGUAGUGCCUGAACAAGAGCAUUGUCCUAUUGGUGAAUCAACUGUAGAAGUUUCAGUUGUUGCUGUAUGAAAUAUGAUUAUUAAUGGAUGAAAGAAGACACAUCAUACACCACAGAAGAAAGCAUCUCCAUUUCCAGUUUGUGGAGCUACGUUACCUGUCUUUUCAUGAGAAUGCCAACUGCGUGUUUUAGUGGAGAAGCUCCAUUUUAUGUAUCAGAACUAUUUGGCAUUCUAUUAAGAAAAUAUGAUGGACAAACACAUUUUGAUAUAGAAUCCACUUCAAUGGGAGACUACGGACUUCACAUCUAUUUUCAGUUCAUUCAUGACUUACACGUGGAUGUGAGAUAAUCCUUGCAAUAGUUUAAUUUUCUAUCUGAGAAGAAAUUUAUUAUGUAUUCUCCACAGGAUAAAGACGACUGUUUAAAGAUAGGGACGAUCCUUUGCUUUUAUGAAACAAGCACUGUUUUUAGCCUAUUUAAUGCUCUAGGUGAUUAAGAUGCUUAGAAGACACAGCUUCUGGCUGUUGAGGCAGGUGGCCGAAGGAUCAUAGAAGGGGAGAAUCCUGAAGCACAUAUUAAUUUCUGCUGUAAACCAGCAAGACCUUCAUAAAAUCUGCAACAUCUUAGUGGAUAAAGAAUAUAAUGUGGAAAAAUAGUAAUUCGGCUUCAAACCACAAAAUCAUUAUUAUCGUUUUUUAAUAACUCAUUAAGACACCAAAUGGGUUUUGUACUUUUUGAUAAAUUGCAUUUCUCUCUUUUGUACUGCCUUAGAUCAUUAGUAUUCAGACUCAUCAUCUCCUGGAACUUUUCGUUACUUUCCAUUUAUUACUGCUCCUCUGAGUGUAAUGGAGCUGUUUGGGCUGAGCAGGGUCCCAAACUCAUUCAGUGCUAACACAUUAUUUGUGGGUAAAAUUUAACAAUUAAUUACAAAGCAGAGACAGAAACUGGAGAGCCAAGACUUCAGAUUCCCUUGUGCUAAAUCCAUCAGGAUGAACAGAUUGUAAACUGCCCAUUGCAAUUACGAUAUGCAGCAAUUUAGCUUCAAGUUACUACUUCAUAACCUCCAUCCCUUACAUUUAUAUAGCUUUUUCCUCCUGAAGCUUUCUGAAAUUGCUUCUCCAGCCAUUAUACUGCAUCGAGCGGUUCAGAUUUAGUAGGAAUAGUUGUGAACAUUAGCUUCUGAGUGAUUUGAGGCCAUAUGGAAUAUUUUAUAUUUAGUUGGGUGAGUCUGAAGCAUGUUUCCAUUGCUUGUUACCAUCUUAUAAAAAAAAAAAAUCAGAGAAAAACACUGACUUUCUUGAUUUGGGGGCUUUUGAGGCUUUAUUUUUUAUCUGUGGUAAUAACUUUAAGCUUUUCAGAAAUGGAUUUUUUAAUACAGCUUUUAAAAUAAACCUCUUAAAAUUU